AUGGGUGUGCACCAGACGUUCCUAGGAGACCCUCUGGCCGUUCUACACCUCACUCACCAAAAGAUCACAAACGUUCUGGCAGACCGGGGACUCCUUACUGAAACCGUGUUGACGCUCCUGCGAGGUGGCAAUAUCGAUAGAUUGGAGCUAGGUCCUACAAUGUGCGAGGAAGAUGGGCUAAACCUACAUUCAAGCAAUCUUUUGCGCGUGUUCAGCAGACCUGGUUACUACUCGAUGCUCAAGGAGCUGGUCCUCGAUGGCGCCCACCUGGAACGUGACUUUGACCUCGUUCAUAUCCAACAACUUCCUAAUCUAGAAAGGCUCCACCUCGAGGGAACUGAUAUCGGAAACGAAGCAGUGUUCUUGCUGGUAACCCUCAAAGAGAAGUUGUUUCAUCUGAACCUUGCACACAAUCCGAAGAUCGACGACGACGCGAUACCUGCUAUCCUCCUCCUCAUCAACCUUGGAUAUCUUUCGAUUCAGGCAACAGGAAUCGAUAUGCCUGGUUUUCGUCGGCUCGCGGCGGUAAUCCACGCCGAGGAUCGCGUCAUUGACGUUGAAAUUCCAUUCAGAUGCGAGAAAUACAUCGACAACUUACACAAGCAGUACCUCGUCGAUCCUGCGUUACCUCUCAUCACUGAUCCCUCUGCAUGUUCAUUGUUAUCAAAUGUCGCCCUCAUCCGCAAUCUUCAAGCUCACGCCGACAUCAACCCCUCGAUCGUACCGACAGGAACGCGCCUAGAGAUGAUCGAAAGAUUGAAGAAGCUCUUGGAACGAAGGCAGAUGGACCUUAUUGUGCGUAGUAUGAUUUGCGGGGAACCUGGGGAGGUCUGAGAUUGUGAUAUGAAAAUUAUAAUUAUUAUAGUGGAGAACGACCUGAGGAUACUGCAGUGUUGUCGCGGAGUACUGCAAUGGAAUUAUGGGAACACAUUGGAACAAAA